CAAAGAUAAGCUGUAGAGGUGGCUCGCAGAAAUUGACUGAAAUGGAGAAACUUCACCUGGAAGAGAAGGCAUCACUGGAAGAGAACCAAACCUGCACAAACCCAGGCGGCCAUGAUGAUAAAGCCUCAGUUGGUCCCAGCGAUGGACAGCAGGUUCAGCCCACCCAGAGGCUGCAGAACAAACACCGUUGUGACAAGUGUCUGAAAUAUUUCAGAUUCAAGUCGUAUCUGAAAAUUCAUCAACACAUUCACACUGGAGAGAAGCCUUAUAGCUGCAGUCAGUGUGAGAAGAGAUUCAGAUUUGCUUCAGGACUGAAGACUCAUCAGCGAAUCCACACUGGAGAGAAGCAAUAUCUCUGUGACCAGUGUGGAAAGGCUUUUAUUCAGAAGGUUAGUUUUAACCGCCAUCAGCUAAUCCACACUGGUGAAAAGCCUUAUAGCUGCAGUCAGUGUGAGAAGAGAUUCAGAUUUUAUUCAGGAGUGAAGACUCAUCAGCGAAUCCACACUGGAGAGAAGCGCUAUCUCUGUGACCAGUGUGGAAAGGCUUUUAUUCAGAAGGUUAGUUUUAACCGCCAUCAGCGAAUCCACACUGUUGAAAAGCCUUAUAGCUGCAGUCAAUGUGAGAAGAGAUUCAAAGAUUCCUCAGGGCUGAAGAAUCAUCAGCGAAUCCACACUGGUGAAAAGCCUUAUAGCUGCAGUCAGUGUGAGAAGAGAUUCAAACGUUCCUCAAAUCUGAAGAGUCAUCAGCGAAUCCACACUGGAGAGAAGCGCUAUCUCUGUGACCAGUGUGGAAAGGCUUUUAUUCAGAAGGGUCAUUUUAACAGCCAUCAGCGAAUCCACACUGGUGAAAAGCCUUAUAGCUGCAAUUGUUGUGAGAAGAGAUUCAAAGAUCUGUCAACGCUGAAGCGUCAUCAGCGAACACACACUGAUGAAAAGCCUUAUAGCUGCAGUCAAUGUGAGAAGACAUUCAGACAUUCCUCAGGGCUGAAGCGUCAUCAGAAAAUCCACACUGGAGAAAAAGCCUACCGUUGUGACAAGUGUCUGAAAUAUUUCAGAUGGAAGACGAAUCUGAAAAUUCAUCAACACAUUCACACUGGAGAGAAGCCUUAUAGCUGCAGUCAGUGUGAGAAGAGAUUCAAACAACUGUCAAAUCUGAAGACUCAUCAGCGAAUCCACACUGGAGAGAAGCGCUAUCUCUGUGACCAGUGUGGAAAGGCUUUUAUUCAGAAGAGUAAUUUUAACAGCCAUCAGCGAAUCCACACUGGUGAAAAGCCUUAUAGCUGCAGUCAGUGUGAGAAGAGAUUCAAAAGUUCCUCACAUCUUAAGAGUCAUCAGCGAAUCCACGCUGGUGAAAAGCCUUAUAGCUGCAGUCAGUGUGAGAAGAGAUUCCGAGAUUCCUCAGGACUGAAGACUCAUCUGCGAAUCUACACUGGUGAAAAGCCUUAUAGCUGCAGUCAGUGUGAGAAGAGAUUCAGAUUUGCUUCAGGACUGAAGACUCAUCUGCGAAUCCACACUGGUGAAAAGCCUUAUAGAUGUGACCAGUGUCAGAAGACAUUCAAAAGUUCCUCACAUCUUAAGAGUCAUCUGCGAAUCCACACUGGUGAAAAGCUUUAUAGCUGCAGUCAGUGUGAGAAGAGAUUCAGAUUUGCUUCAGGACUGAAGGCUCAUCUGCGAACCCACACUGGUGAAAAGCCUUAUAGAUGUGACCAGUGUGAGAAGACAUUCAAACAUUCCUCAGGGCUGAAGCGUCAUCAGAAAGUCCACACUGGAGAAAAAACUUGAUCCACACAAGACAGCAGCAACAUCUGGAAUGUGAGGGAACUUCUUUCUCUCCUC